AUGGCAGCUUCACCUUUCGCCUCCCGCUCGCCGUCGAUGACAGUGGCUUCCCCCAGUACAGCUAUUAGGUUGAAAGCAUCUGCCGCUCAAUCUGGAUCUGGAUCUGCAGCAGAUGUCAAGACUUCGUCCCAGCCCAACGGUGAACUCACGGAGCAGUUGAAUGACUCUGUUGCGCAUAAUUAUGAAAGAGGCAAGAAACUAGGUGAAGGUACAUACGCCGUGGUCUACCAGGGAUUUCGCCGAGACACCGCAACAACCGUCGCAAUCAAAAAGAUCAAAGUCAAUGCCGACUACAAAGAUGGACUCGCCAUGGACGCAAUUCGCGAAGUGAAAUACCUCCAAGAACUAUCUCACCCAAAUGUCAUCGCCCUCCACGACGUGUUUUCCAAGCAUGAAAAUCUGCACUUGGUGCUAGAGUUCCUGCCCGGGGGCGAUCUGGAAAUGCUCAUUCGCGAUCAAAAUGUCCAAUAUGGCGCGGCGGAUAUCAAGGCCUGGAUGGGCAUGCUGGCGCGCGGGGUAUGGUUUUGCCACGAGAAUUUCGUGCUGCAUCGAGAUAUCAAGCCGAACAAUUUGUUAAUUGCAGCGGACGGCGAGGUCAAAUUGGCCGAUUUUGGUCUGGCCCGGUCAUUUGCUGAUCCUUAUCUAAACAUGACCCACCAGGUGAUUACUCGCUGGUAUAGACCCCCCGAGUUACUCUAUGGGGCGAGGCAGUACUCCGGCGCAGUCGAUGUGUGGUCGAUGGGGAUGGUAUUUGCGGAAUUGCUUCUGCGAGUCCCCUUUGUGGCGGGGAAUACGGAUCUGGAUCAAAUUUCCAAGAUCUGUGAGGCCUUUGGCACACCCACUGAAGACAAUUGGGCCGGGGUUACGAAGCUGCCGUACUAUAUUGAGACGGAUAGUAGUCAGAUUAUCCCUACAUCUGGACGGGACUUUUUCUCACGGCAGUUUCCUACCGCUGGUCCGGUGGGUGCUGAUCUAUUGAUGUCGAUGUGCACGUUGGAUCCGAGGAAGCGGAUUACGGCGGUCCAGGCUUUGCGACAUAAAUGGUGGACCAUCGAUCCUCAACCAACCAAGAAUGAAGACCUUCCGCAAAAACGCCACGCCGAGAAGAAGAUGGCAGAGGAUAUGAGUCGACGCGGUGGCGAGGUUAAUGAUAGCCCAUUUAAGAAUGCGGCCCGACAAUUGGAUUUCGGCGGGCGAUGA